ACUGGGUCGGACCAGAUUCCGAGUGAAUUGUGCUCGGCGGUAAAGAAUUCGUGCAGCCCGCGGUUAACGAUCCGGUUACAAUCGUCACGAAAUAAAAUGGCCCACGUGGUAGUCUUGGAUCGUUGCGGUUCAUCGGGUUCCGCAUUUUUCGCAAUUCGUCCGCGAAAUCUGUACAUCGAUAGUUCGAGUUACUCUCCAAAAAAACAAUCAGUAGCACAUAAAUUAAGUUAAAUAUUUGAAUCGGAGAGGCAACGCGAUGAGCUCGACUGUGAAAAAACAGGGACUGCGGAAAUCUGCAGCACGGUGAUAAACCGGGAGUAAAAAGGAAAAGGAAAAGGAAAAUUGGUGAAAAUUUUUUCAUCGUUCUCGGCGUUCCGCUGGAGUGAUUUUUUACCCGUGUACAGGUAGCGCGAUCCUCUCGGUUCGAGAGGACGUGGCAACAUCGGUGAGGAGAGUUUAUCCUUUCGGUGAGAAACACACGUCGGUUCCCGGUCUCAGAAGUGGCCGCAGGUCGAUCUCAGCAUCGCGCGCGCAAUGAUUGUCUGACCUGGGUUUAUCCGAUUCCGGAAAGCGGUGAUUUGUGGUCCGGUGAAAAGAGGAAGAGAACGGGGAAAAAUCGAUAGAUCGGAUCCUGUCGUGCGAUCGUUUGGAUCAGCGAAGCUGUGAGCGGUGGGACGUCGAAUUCCUGCGGAAGUGCGGGAGGAUAUAAUAUCGGUGAAAAACGUGUUUGUUUGACGGUACAGAACUAGCUAACCACCUCAGAGGGUGAGGAUAGGUGAUCCAUCUUGGGACGAGGUUGAAGUUGGUAACGUUAUUGUAACUGCUGUAAUAAAGCGUGGUGGAAACAAUAUCUGGAGGAUUAAUUCCGGUAUUCGAUUCCUGAUCUCGGAAGGAUCUUUUCGGGAUUCUUAACUCUUGGAUACCAUGGCCAGACGGAGAAUGGCGGGCAGGUCCGCAGUCGGAGGAUCGGCUGCGGGGGCGGCUGGAGUGCCAGGAGAAGCAGGACUCGCGGGAGUUCCUCGACUACUUGAAGAUUUGGCAAGAUUAUCGGAGGACACGGAAUCCGCCGACAUAGUAUUUUUACUCGGCAGGGAGGAAACCCCGAUCUACGCCCACAAGAUUAUCCUCCAGUCUAGGUGCAAAAGUUUCACGGCAUCGAAAAGGAUGGGAUCUCCUGGGAAUCCAACACCCGUAAGAAUGCCUCAUGCGCACCCGGAAACUUUCCGACAGUUUAUCAAUUACAUAUACACUGGAAAGAUAAUGCUACAGGACAGUGGAAUAUUCGAGAUGCUAGGUUUGGCCCAGGAACUGGGCGUCGAAGAAUUGUGGAGGAGUUGCGAGGAUCAUGUUUCGUCAACCCUGAGUCCCGGAAACGCUUGCACCUUGCUGACGGCAGCCCUCGAGGCUCAGGAUAACAUGCCAGGUGGAAAAAGUGCCUGCUCGACGUUUAUAGACCGCUGUUAUGCUUUUAUCGGUGAGAAUGCGGUCGAAACGGUAAAAACGACGUCGUUUUGUACCCUGCCAAAAGAUGCAUUGAUCAAGCUGAUUGCAUCCGAUUACCUUGCACUCGAAGAAGAGGAUGUUUGGAGGGCAGUUCUAAGCUGGGCAAAGUACCAGGCAGGAGUUACUCAGCCUACUCAGCACUGGACCGAGGAAGAAAGAGUUCGAGUUUGCCAGCACUUGUCUGGCGUUAUCAAUUACGUUCGCCUUCUCCUGAUCGACAGUCAAGUAUUCGCAGAGGAAGUUGAACCGACCGGAGCUGUGCCGAUGGAAUUAUCUUUAGAGAGGUACAGAUAUGCCGCCCUACCGAACAAGUAUGCAGAAAUAUGCUCGGACAAGAGACUCCAGCCGAGAGUCAGUCUCAUCCUGUUUCCAGGAUCCCAAAUAUUGUCGCGAGACAAAAUUGCCUUCCAGCGACUCUUGAAUCAGUGGUACGGCAUUCAGAAACAGACGUGGAGACUCAUUUAUAGAGCUUCGAAUCACGGUUACUCAGCAGCAUCCUUUCAUCGACACUGCGACGGCAUCUUUCCCACAUAUGUUCUAGUUAUGGGAGGACGUGGUGAAAUAUGUGGAGGAUUCAGCGAUGUUCCUUGGGGAAAGAUUACUACGAAGGGGUAUUACGUCUCAUCGGAAAAAGCCUUCCUCUUCACACUGACCAACAACCAAGAUGUCCCACCCACGAAAUACGACAUCGUCAAAAAACCAUUCGCAAUUUGCUACCAUCCAGAAAUCGGUCCGAUAUUUGGCGCGGGUGCCGAUCUCCUGAUAGCCAGCAACUGCAACGUCAACACCGAAAGUUACAGCAACUUGCCUCACAGCUACGACGGCGAGCAUGCAUCUAGCAGCAUCUUGAUGGGGGAUUACCACUUCACGGUCCUAGACUAUGAAGUAUUCACUCUGAAUCAUACUGGUGUUAAGCCAGCUCUAAUUUUCGCACGGAGUUCCGAUCGCCGACGCAGCUCGAAAGCGACUGGCUGCAGAUAGCUGAUCACGAUGUAAACAAUCAACGACACUCGGUACUCGUUCGAUGUUCUGCGAUCCAUUUACAACCUUCAGAGAAACUGAAAUUCAGCUUUUGUUUUGGUCGCGUUAUGUUCCAUCGCUGUAGUUAGGUUAGGUAUCAUAUUUUAAGUUUAGUAAUAUGUGAUUUUAUUUGUAUUACGUAUGUAGAUUGUAGUAUGUUACGUUAUAUUGUAAAUAUUGUGACAUGUGACUGGUACAAAAAAAAGAAAAAUAAAUAAAUAAACGAAAACAAUAAAACAAUACC